AUGGCACUAUCUUGCUACGGUAGAAAAAGAGACCAAACCUCGUCCAACCAGAUGCACCGAGAAGGAAUUAGUGCCUCGUCGAACAUAGUAAUGGAAGUGACAGUUCAGUUGUGUAGAAUGUUGGUCCGAAGAGCAAGGGAAGAGAAUGCGGCAUUAGACAACAUAGAUUUCAAAUCUACAAGCAAUACAAGUGCAGGCGUUUUUCAUGGCCCCUGUAUCUCCAUUUUCCAAUGUCGUCGUCGGGGAGAAUCUCAAGGAGAAAUCAGGACAUUCGCUACAUCCCACAGGAAUGUUAGUAAACAAGGAGACCGUGGAGUGCCAGAGUUACCAGAUUUCUAUGCUGAGAUUCCCGAUUGCACUCUCCCCCAGAACAACCCCCCUGCUCCUGGAUGCAGUUUUGAGAUAGGUUCUCGUCUGAAUUCUUCAGAAAAGUUCGUGUUGCCCAUAAAUGGAAACCCUGAUUCUUAUCUUGCUAUCGAUCAUGCCCAUGAGCAAAAUAUUGCCAAAGUGAAAGAGAAUCGUGGUGCGGUCGGUCUCACUAGUGACCCAUCUGCAUUGAGACGUUGGACCAUCGGAGGACCAGAGAUCUGCCGACUUCUGAAUGAAUUCAACCAUUCAGAAGAUGCUCACCAUGACGAAGUUUCAUUCUCGAGGACUCAUCAUGAACAGGCAAAAUCUUACCAAUCAAGAUUUGCCGAUCACUUUGCAACACUCAAGGUCGCUUUCUUGGCGUACGAGAAUUCCUUUUCUGUUCAGGAAACAGAACUUAACGCUAUAGACUCCAGCGUUGUUGUGGGCACUGAUGCGGUUCAGACCAUGUACGAUGCUGUGGAAAAGAGCGAAUCCUACAAGUCCUUUGUCGACGAGAGACUGGUCAAGGAGUCGGGAUCUCUUUAUGAUCCAAUUCGAAAGUCGAUUCUCGAGAAUUUGCUCAAGAAGUUGUCUGAAGUAGACCCACCUCACGGAUGUGAAGGAUUGAUCAUAGAUGGAGCGGUCUUAGUUCACAAUAUCAAGCCUCGUCCUGAUGUGAAAACUUUCAAGAGCUACGUAGGCCAGCUGAUUUCGAAUAUAGGGUACACUCGAAAACAGAUGAAAAUAUUCAGAGUGGAUAUAGCAUGGGAUCUGUACUCUUCCUCGAGUCUUAAAGAGGCCAGUCGGUCAAGCAGGGGAACAGAAGUGAGGCGUAAAGAUAUACCAAACGAAGGACCUGGAGGAAAUCUUGGACAACACCCCGCUAUGCCUAAGAUAGCGGGGACACAGCCGCCACCAUCCAAAGAACAGCGUCGCUACACCCCGCCAACACCUUCACCUUCUUCAACCAUCCUAGGCAUGGACGCCUAG